GUGUAAAUACUUUGUAUCAUAAAGUACAACAAAGUAAAAUCGAAAACGAAAAAAAAUAUUAAUUAUUAUCUUAAUUAUUAUCUUAACAAUUAUCUUUAAAUGAUCUAUAAAAUAUAGUGAAAAUCAAUUAAAAACUAAAACUAUUACAGACACUUUAAAAAAUUGUCACUAAUUUUUCAUAAUUUAAUUAAUUUAUCUCGCAAUAUUUUCAUAUUGAUAUAAAAAGUGCAAAAAAUAAAAUAAAAUAAAUAAUGACGCGAAAUACAAGUAUUAAAUGUCAAAGAUUUAUCUUUUUAUCGAGACAAUUGACAGAUAGUGCUGCGGAUAAAGGUUAUAGUGGAAGUGUUAAUAGAAAUAAAUUGUUAAAUCGUAUAAAAAAUGCUUCUUUAUGGAAAAUGAAAAUGUCUAUGCAAAAUCAUACAAAACUUUUAAUGCAAUUGAAAAAUUUCUUAUAUAAAUCUGGUUAUGACAAAAGUCUACAAAUUAUUUUAUCUAAAAAUUGGUUAGAUUUUUUACAAAAAGUAACAUAUUCGCAAAUAAAUACUUUGAAAAAAUUGUCACCAAUUGAAUUUUCAAAAAACAUAAAUGAUAUGAAAAUAUCAGAUGUCGAAAAAUGUAAUAAUAGUGAAAAAGAAAAAAAAAAUGUAAUAUUAGAAACUUCAGAAGAAAAGACAUCAAUUACCAAUACUAGUGAAUGUAAAAAACAAACUUAUGAAGAUACCACAAGUGAGAAUAAAUUUCAAGCUAAAAUAGGAUCUCAAUCUCUUUCUCAAUUUCUUAAUGCAUUAAUAUUUAAUUCUGCUCAAAAUAAAACAGCUGGAUUAGUUGUAUCACCAAAAUGGAAGAUAAAUCUUCAUAAAAAUAUACCAAAACAUAGUAUUGCAUCUAGAACACGUCAUGUUUUGAAUGCUAUUGCAACUGCUGAAUCAAAUGCUUCAUGUUUGAGGAGGAUUGAAGAUUUAUUAUUACAUAUUGAUCAAUAUUCAGAAGCUAGGCAUUAUGCUAUUAAGGAAGGAGCAAUUAAAAUAUUGCUUAAAACUCGACAAAGAAUUAAGGAUGAACAAAUAAGAGCACCUAUAAGAGAAGCAUUAACAGUAUUAGGUUAUACUGAUCCAUUGCCUGGCAGAGGUAUUAGAAUUCUUUCUAUUGAUGGUGGAGGUAUGCGUGGAGUAUUAGUUAUAGAAAUGUUAAAAAAACUUGAGAAAUUAACAGGCAAAAAAACUUAUGAAAUGUUUGAUUAUAUAUGUGGUGUAAGUACAGGAGCUAUUCUUGCUGCUGUUUUAGGUGGACAUAAACGAAAAUCAUUAUAUGAAAUAUCAGAAUUGUACAAAGAACUAAGUACCAAAGUAUUUACUCAAAGUGCUAUAAAAGGUACAAGCAACUUGGUAUGGAGCCAUGGAUAUUAUGAUACAGCUCUUUGGGAAAAAUUAUUGAAAGAACAUUUAGGAGAAAAAAUUCUUAUAAAAACUGCUCGCGAUUCUACUUCUCCAAAAUUUUCAGCUAUAUCUGCUAUAGUAAAUCAUGAGCGCGUAAUGGCUUACGUAUUUCGAAAUUACACUUUACCUCAUAGAGUCGAAAGUUUAUAUAUAGGAUCUCAUAAACAUAAAUUAUGGGAAGCUAUUAGAGCAUCUGCUGCAGCACCUAGUUAUUUUGAAGAAUUUAAAUGUGGUGAAUAUCUUCAUCAAGAUGGAGGUAUUUUGGUAAAUAAUCCCUGUGCAGUUGCAUUACAUGAAGCUAAACAAUUAUGGCCAAAUAGUCCAAUUCAAUGCGUGAUUUCAUUUGGAACUGGAAGAACGCCGAGUCAAAUUUGUGGAAAUAGCAAGAAAUCUGCGGAAAUUGCGAUUUCAAGUUGGAAAGAAAAAUUUUAUAAAAUUUUAGAUAGUGCAACUGAUACAGAAGCUGUACAUACGAUGUUGAACGACCUCUUACCAGAAUAUGUUUAUUUUCGUUUUAAUCCAUAUUUGACGGAGAUGUUAUCAAUGGUAGAAAUACGUCCUGAGAAGAUCAGUCAAUUAGAACAGGAUGCAAAAAUGUAUAUUCGCAGAAAUGAAGAAAAAUUUCAGAAAGCUGCUGAAGUUUUACUACAAAAAAGAAGACUUCAACAAAAAAUUAUGGAUUGGAUUACAUUACAAAGAAAAAUGUCAAACUUUUAAAUUAUCAUAUCUCACAAAUUAAUACACAUUCCACAAUAUAUAAAACUAUAGAAAUAGAUAUUAUUAAACAUUUUAUAUUAAUCAGGUGUACUUACAUAUACAGUAUAUGAUCAAAAUAAUAUGAAUGAACAAGAAACAAUGAAGACAAUAGACAAUUCUUCGUGCAAAUAUAAAUUAAAAAUAUAGAAUUUUUAUCUAAAAUUUAACAAAUUUUAAAAAUCCAUGAUAUAUGCAAAGUAUGUAUAAUAUUAUAAUUAAGACACGAAAGUUUAUUUUAUAAUAAUACUUUAUUGUAUUAUAAUUGUGUUUCUAUUGACAUUCUAAAAACUAAGAGUUUUUAAGAUAAAAAAAAAACUUUAUUCUAAACUUAAGUAACUUUUACUUAAGUAAUGCUUAUUUAUAGCUUCCCGAUUUGGGUUAGCCAUAUAUUUUUAUAUUUUGUUGUCGAAAAAACAAUCUUGUAGUUAAAUUAUGUAAAAUAUUCUAUUUAUUCUUUAAUGAUAUUGAUAUAAUGAAUAAACAUUAUAUACAAUAUUAUAUACAAAUACAUAUGUUAAUUUUUGCUAAAAAAUAAUUUAUUUCGCAUAAAUGUAAUUUCAAAGUUCAUC